AAGCGUUUCUUCUCCUCCUCCUUUCUUCUUAUACCCAUCCAUUUUCCUCCCAUCUCUUUCUCUCUCUAACCUACACCCCCAUUUACAUACAUUCUGCAUAGCAAUUUGGAUCCCAGUUGGCAUCUCAACAUUUCGUCGACGUUUAAUAGCGGGAUUUGAUCGGCGACAUUGACUCAUCUGCCUUUUAUUGAGAUAAAACUCGGAAAUUCCAAUAAAUUUGACAUUUAUAAAUCGCAGGAAAAGGAAAAGGUUUUUGCGUGGAUAGAGCUGUGACCCCUUUCUGAUAAACGCAGAUAAUUGCGUUUCGAUAAAUUAGGGUUUUUGGUUCGGAAAUAUGUUGGGGCCAGGCUUGCAGUUCAAUAGGAGUAGAAACGGCGAAGAUCGGUUUUACAGCGUGGCGAAGGCUCGACUGAGUCGAGAUUUGCGGAGGGCACAGAGUGAUGUCACGCCUAGCCGUUCAAAGAGCCAGCCAGAUGAGCCGCUGCCGGAGAAGUCGGAUGAAGAUAUUCCGGUGUCGGAGCUCUCUCCUUUGUGCAAUCUGGAGAGGUUCUUGGAAUCUGUCACGCCAUCGUUACCGGCGCAGUAUUUACCCAAGAUGAAAGUGAGGAGUUGGAGAACAAGUAAUGCAGAAUCUCAGCCCUUCUUUGUGCUAAGUGAUCUGUGGGAGUCGUUUAAAGAAUGGAGUGCAUAUGGUGUGGGAGUGCCUUUGAUACUGAAUGAUCGUGAUGGCGUUGUUCAGUAUUAUGUGCCCUACCUGUCGGGCAUUCAAUUGUACGCUGACCUUUCAAAGAGCACGGUAAAAUUAAGGAGAUCUGGUGAAGAUAGCGAUGGUGAAUAUUUUAGGGAUUCUAGUAGUGAUGGAAGCAGUGAUAGUGAGCAGGAGAGGGGUGGGUUGAACUAUUCUAGAGAGCAACCAAGUUACCUCCAGAGCAGUAAUAGUCCUCUCACAGUAGAUCAAAUGGCAUUUCAAGAAGGCUUCUCUAGCGACGAAGGUGAAACUGGAAGCUCUCAGGGAUGCUUGUUGUUUGAGUAUCUCGAACGUGACCCCCCCUAUUCUAGGGAGCCUUUGGCAAACAAGAUAUCUGAUCUUGCUCUCCAAUUCCCUGAAUUAAAAACGUUGAGGAGCUGUGAUUUACUUCCAUCAAGCUGGAUUUCAGUCGCCUGGUACCCGAUUUACAGAAUACCUACGGGUCCAACUCUCAGAGAUCUGGACGCUUGCUUCUUGACCUUCCAUUCUCUUCAUACACCCAUGACAGGAAGUGAAGUUGUGCAUCCCCCAGUUGUGACAUACCCUAGUGGGAGCGAUGAUGACCCUCAAGUUUCACUUCCGGUAUUCGGGCUGGCUUCGUAUAAAUACAAAGCAUCGCUGUGGACUCCACUGACAGGGCAUCAGCGGCAGCUGGAAAAUUCUCUGCUGCAAGCUGCGGAUAACUGGCUAAACUUGGUCCGAGUGAAUCACCCUGAUUUCUCCUUCUUCUGCCGCAGAUAAUAACACUAUGUUGCCCAUUUAACCUUAGGUUGUUUUGCUCUGUUAUAAUAAUGUAUGUGAUGAAUAUUUAAAGAAAGUGAAAAAUAAUAGUUGAAAAAGGAAAAACAAGGGUGUAGUUGAUAAUGUUAUGAAGACAGAGCAGGAUAUUUUGGUGUGCUGAUGAUCAAGUGUAGGAUGGAGUUAUUUGCAUGAGGAUUUUGGUAGAUAAUGUUAUGUCAUGUAUAUGUACUAUACUACUAUUAGUAUAUUUGACAUAUAUAGAAAGUGGUGUUUAGUUUUA